ACCAACAAAUCAAAAAACAAAAUAAAACCCUUCCAAUGUGUAUACUGCUCCCAGUCCUUCACCCGCAACGACAACCUCCUCGUCCACAUCAAAAUCCACACCCAAGAAACACCUUACAAGUGCCCCGAAUGCCACAAACAAUUCUCCCAACAACGCUACCUCGCCAGACACUCCAAGAUCCACACCGAAGACCGCCCUUAUAAAUGCACCACAUGCCCCAAGGCCUUCAAAACCUCCAGCCAUCUCACCAACCACACCAGGACCCACACCGGAGAACGCCCUUACACCUGCCAAGUAUGUAAUAACAGAUACAGCAACCCGGCUACACUGGGGCACCAUGUCAAGACACACAUGAAACAGAAGCCUUAUCAAUGCAAGUUUUGUAAUAAGGAGUUCUCGAGGCGUAAUCGGUUGGUGACACAUACUAGUAUUCAUACGGGAAAGCCUUACAGGUGUGAUUUGUGCGAUAAGGCUUUUACAGAAGCGGGGAAACUUGCUGGGCAUAUGAAUACUUUGACACAUUUGAAGAACUUGGCUAAGUUUAAUGGGAUUGAUUGCACGGAGUAAA